GGGAUUGAUACCCUCCUCACUUCAUGACAAGGUUGAAGCUAACGACUCCUUAGUCACCCCGCAGACACAACUAGACCAAACUAUGCUUUGUACGUUAGAUGUGUUUGUGGCCUUAGAAGACUUAGAAGGCGAGUGGUCAAACAAGGAUCCUCGCGAGUCUUGGGUGGCGCUAAAGAAGGGUCCUAGAGGGGAACAUUUCGUGGUGGAAAUGGAUGUAGGAGGCCGCAAAUGUGGAGCCUUCAUAGACAACGGAUCCACGCGAAAUUACAUAAGUCGCGAUUGUUUGGAAAGGAUGCAUCUACAGGACCGGGUACGGCACCUUAGUAAACCAGUAGCAUGUACUUUGGCCAACAAAGAGCGCAUGAUUGUUACAGACUACAUCAAGGACGAAGUCUGUACCUUCUCCUAUGGAGGAGGAGAGCUUAACCAUAAGAUCUCGUUCUUGGUUAGCGACGACUUGCCAUCCGAAAUGUUGUUAGGCAUGUACUACCUCGAAGUUGUUAAGCCCCAGUUCGAUUGGGAUAAGAAGGUGCUCAAGCAAAAGUUGCCCGAUGGCCGAAAUGUCAGAUUGACUAAGUUCAAGGCCAACCGUAUUGUAGAUACCUAUGGUUGCUUGUGUGCAUCAGCGUUUUACAACUAUUACAAGCAAAACAAAGAGGAGGGUAUGUACCUUGUUUAUGUCUUUGAGAAGGGAGAGGCCGUUAAAACACCCCCAGAGAUAGAACGUGUCGUUGCUAAGUUCCCUGAUCUGUUCGAGGAGCCCACAAGAGUUGUUGAUAGGGAAGUCGUCCACGCUAUAGAAAUCAUUCCAGGGAUCGCCUCUCCUUUGACUGAUCUAACUCGACUUGACACACUGUGGGACUGGAGUGAUGAGUGCGAGGGUGCUUUCAAGAGUUUGAAGCAUGCACUCAUGAAUCAUGAAGUUCUCAUGGUUCCCGAUCCGCAAAAGCCAUUCAUAGUGACUACUGACGCAAGCCAAUAUGGCAUUGGCGCAGUGCUGGCUCAGCAGGAUGGGAAAAAGUUGAGACGGAUUGAGUACAUGAGUAAGAAGAUGCCAUCGAAGAAGUUGGCUAAGUCCACCUACGAAAGGGAACUCUAUGCUCUCUACAAGGCACUUGUCCAUUGGAGACACUUCCUUCUAGGAAGGUUCUUCUAUCUGAGGACUGAUCAUCAGACCCUCAAAUGGAUCAAGACUCAACCGGCUCUUUUUGAUGCACUCAAGCGAUGGAUUGAGGUCAUAGACCAAUAUGAUUUCAAGCUUGAGUACCUGAAGGGAGAGUAUAACAAGGUUGGAGAUGCACUAUCCCGUAGAGCAGACUACCUAAGUGCGCUAGUUCCUGAAUUUGGCGGGAUUCCUGUGAAGCCGGUGUAUGCAUCGGAGGAUGUGCCGGAGGGGAUUGGCGAUGAAAUGCCUGGUGUGUACCCUUUCACACGGGGCCCCUAUGCGACAAUGUACACACAGCGGCCAUGGACCAUCAGACAGUACGCAGGAUUCAGUACUGCUGAAGAGUCGAACGCCUUUUAUCGGAGGAAUUUGGCAGCAGGCCAGAAAGGUCUCAGCGUUGCAUUUGAUCUUGCUACUCACAGGGGGUACGACUCAGAUCAUCCACGAGUGUCUGGUGAUGUGGGAAUGGCGGGAGUGGCCGUCGAUUCGGUGGAGGAUAUGAAGCGGCUGUUCGAUGGAAUCCCUCUCGACCAGAUGAGUGUGUCCAUGACUAUGAAUGGUGCCGUGCUUCCGAUAAUGGCAAUGUUUAUCGUGGCAGCGGAGGAGCAAGGUGUUGAGCUGAAGAAAUUGUCGGGGACUAUUCAGAAUGACAUUUUGAAGGAGUACAUGGUACGGAAUACCUAUAUCUACCCGCCGGAACCGAGCAUGCGCAUCGUCGGAGAUAUCAUGGCCUUCACAGCGAAGAACAUGCCACGCUUCAACUCCAUCUCAAUCUCGGGGUACCACAUGCAAGAAGCUGGAGCAGACAGUGCUGUGGAGAUGGCAUUCACCAUAGCCGAUGGCCUGGAGUAUGUGCGAUGUGCGGAAGCAGCAGGGCUCAAUGUGGAUCAGGUUGCACCGAGGUUCUCUUUCUUUUGGGCAAUCGGCAUGAACUUCUACAUGGAGAUUGCCAAGAUGCGGGCAGCUCGCCGCCUCUGGGCAAAGCUUGUGAAGGAAAAAUUUUCCCCUAAGAAUGACAAGGCAUUGUUGUUGAGGACGCACAGCCAGGUUGCAGAUCCAUGGGGUGGCUCAUACAUGAUGGAAGCACUGACUGCGGAAUUGGAGAAGAAGGCUCUUCAGAUAAUUAACGAAGUAGAAGAAGCUGGCGGAAUGACUAAAGCUAUAAUCUCAGGGAUGCCAAAGAUGCGGAUCGAAGAAUGUGCAGCACGGAAACAGGUGAAGUUUGGUGAACAUUUUCUAAAAAAUAGUUAAUUAAAAAUUUAAUAAAAAAUAAUAUUUUAC